AUGGUGCAUGGUAAUGAUAAAGGCAACAAAGGGAAUGGAAACAAGGGCAAUGGCAACAACAAGGGCAAUAGCAAUGGCAAAGGCAAUGGCGACGAUUACAAUGACAACGGUAAGGGAAAGAAUAAGGGCAAUGAAAAGGAUAAAAAUAAGGAUAAGCAGAAGAAAAACGAUGGUGAAUUGGAUUAUGACAACUUGUCACCAUCAGAGCGUGGCCAAGAAAGAGCAUACUGCAAAGGAAAGGGAGCUUGUUACCAGAAGACCCUUGUUUGUCCAUCUGAAUGCCCCCAGAGGAAGCCUAAGAAGAAUAAGAAGAUUAAGGCAUGCCAUGUUAACUGCGGCAGCAAGUGCGAAGCCAUUUGCAAAUGGAGGAAACCAAAGUGCGAGGGCUAUGGCUCUCUCUGCUACGACCCUCGUUUUGUUGGCGGUGAUGGAGUUAUGUUCUACUUCCACGGAUCAAAGGAUGGAAACUUUGUCAUUGUCUCAGAUGAUAAGUUGCAGAUCAAUGCUCAUUUCAUUGGCACUAGACCACGAGGACGGACUCGUGACUUCACAUGGGUGCAAGCCUUGGCUGUCAUGUUUGAUACUCACACUCUUGUCAUUGCAGCCAACAGAGUUUCUCAUUGGGAUGACAAUGUUGAUGCUCUCAGUGUAAGAUGGAAUGGCGAGGCGGUUAACAUCCCUUAUGAUGGAGAGGCUGAAUGGAGGACUAAUGGUGAAGAAAGAGAAGUGCUAGUAGAAAGAACUGAUGACAAGAACAGUGUUAGAGUCAAAGUAUCUGGGCUGGUGGAGAUCGACAUAAGGGUGAGACCAAUUGGCAAAGAAGAAAACCGGGUUCACAACUAUCAGUUACCUGAUGAUGAUGCCUUCGCUCACUUGGAAACACAAUUCAAAUUCAUCAAUCUGAGUUAUCUUGUCGAAGGAGUCCUGGGAAAGACUUACCGGCCCGAUUAUGUUAGCCCUGUCAAGAGAGGGGUGCCUAUGCCAAUGAUGGGUGGGGAAGACAAGUACCUAACUCCAUCCCUCUUUUCACCUUUCUGCAAUGCUUGCAGGUUUCAGAGACCAUCUGGAGUUGCUAGCAUCUGAAGAGUUUCUCCAUGCUGAUAAUAAUCAGAGAAGAAAUAUAUUGUUCUCUGCAAAUGAA